AUGCACUUGUGCGACUAUCAUUACGCGGACGUGGUUCUCACGCUGGCCUAUGCCAGCGUCUACUUCCGUAGUGCUUUCACUGCCAUUGGCCAGAAGAUGAGCGAUUACGAGGCAGCGCAUGUUUGCGUUCUCCUCAUCUACCUGGCGCAUAGCUUUUUGCUGGAUGAGACCUGCCCUUUGAGGGUUUGGCAGCAGCACAUCUUCAAGAAGUACUGCAACCUAAAAGUGCUCGAUGCCGCCCUCUUUCGCAUCUUCAAGAUGCGGGGCUUCCGGCUGCGAAUCACCGAAGCGGAGGAGAAGCAGGCCCUCAGUGUUUUGCUUCUGAGGACGAACGGGCUUCACGAUGCCAAUGGUGCAUCCAGGAGGUCCAGUUCCAGCUCCAAAGGAGUCCAGGAUCACGUGAAUGUCGACAUUAUCAACUGCAAGAGUGAGGACAAGCAAGCGCCAGCCAAGGCAGCAGACGGUAGGCCGGUGGAGUCAGAGCGGACAGGCCCCAGGUUGCUUGCAGAGCCCUCAAUGGCAAACCUGGCGGUGCCGGAUGUUUCGCAGAAGCAAAGGCCCUCCCGCGGUGCAACCGCUGGCCAAAGCGGCUGGGUGGGCAUCCGGGCGCCCGCGCAGCGGGCUCCGAGGGUGGCGCGGGGCGACGAUGCGGUGGUCAUCCCAACAGUGAUCGCGACCAUUGCAGGCCUCGCCGUGGGCGUGGCCUUUGCCAAGGCGGUGGAGGUGGCCGGCACCGCAUCCCAGGAGCGCGGCACUCUGAGCGAGGGCCUCAAGGCUCAGCUCAGCGCCGACGCAGGCAUGGAAGAUGUUGAGGAUGAUGAGACCACCAAGCAGUCCGAGCUGCUGGAAAGUCUGAAGAAGGCGCAGGGUAUCAGCGAGGAGGAGGUGAAAAAACUGAAGAAGUCCAAGGUGGAGGAGGACGAUGGGUGGUGA